AGUCAGAGAACGCAGAGCCGGCUUUGAGUAAAUAGUGCUGCGGAGGGAUCGGUCGCUCUUGAUAGCCGUGCGUGCGUGGCCGUCCCUUUCACGGAGGGGGAUAACAACAGCAACAACCAUGGCAAUGGGCAUGUGAGGUUCUGCUCCCCCAAUCCUGCUAGCCGUAACAAUGGGGUCUUCACUGUCUGCGAACACGAGCUCCUCCUGCUCCAGGCUACAAAGAGAGAAUGACAGUGAUGAGGAUUUGCUGGACAACAAGAAUCGGGAAGAAGACAUUGCCAGGUUCCCAUAUGUGGAAUUCACUGGGCGAGACAGCAUCACCUGCCCUUCCUGCCAAGGCACUGGCUGCAUCCCCACAGAGCAAGUUAAUGAAUUGGUGGCUCUGAUACCAUACCAUGACCAGAGGUUAAAACCUCAAAGGACGAAGCUCUAUGUCGUGGUGUCAGUGCUGCUCUGCCUCCUGGUGUCAGGGUUGGUGGUCUUCUUUCUCUUUCCUCAUUCAGUCCUUGUGGAUGACAGUGGCAUCAAAGUGGUUACAGUUUGGUUUGACGAAAAAAACUCCCUUGUUGUCCUUGCCAUUACGGCCACUCUCCGCAUCAGAAAUUCCAAUUUCUACUCGGUAGAGGUAACCAGCUUGGCCAGCCAAGUGCAGUAUAUGAACACUGUGGUUGGGACAAAACAACUUAACAAUGUCACCCGCAUCCAGCCAUUGAGUGACCAGCUGGUGAAUUUCACAGUGAAGGCUGAAAUGGGCGGGCCCUUUUCAUACGUCUAUUUCUUUUGCACAUUGCCCAAGAUCAGAGUGCACAAUAUUGUGAUUUUCAUGAGGACUUCAGUGAAGAUCUCCUACAUCGGUCAUAUAACUCAGAGUUCCUUGGAGACCCAUCACUAUGUUGACUGUGGUGCAAAUUUCACAGCUGCCCAUGCUGGACCCUGGCUGCCAGCUCUGGGUGGUGCAGCUUAAUAGCAGAGCACUUUGAGUCCAGAGUCUCAUGUAUUACAAUGACGAUGGGAGGCUGGCUUCUACUCUUGCAUAAAUUUAGGACUGCUUACUGUGGGCCUUUUUUCAUUUGGGAUGGGGAGAAAGAGAGUUGCUGCAGUCCUUGGUGAAAGGUGUGCCUGGCUAGACUUGAGGCACUUCUACAGUGUUCCAUGGACUGUUCCUUGGUAGCUGACUGCCACCACCACUGCACCCCCACUGCCUCAGGACACUGAGCUCUGGCUUGCAUGACAGAGCCUUCUGUUGGGUUUCUUGGCUACUCCUUAAAAUUAGAUGAAAACAUAUUUUUGUAGGAGUUUCCUCCCAUUUUUCUGGACUGCAAAGAAUGAUGCUCCUAACUUGGUGAUCACUGAAGGAUGAACUUCUAUCCCCAUGGAAGAGGAGGUAAUUUUGAGCUUGCUUCUCAUGUGCUGAUUUUUUAGCUUAUGUCUUGCUUAUUGUCAGAGACAAAUGAACUGAGAAUAUCUUUACAGCAGCCUUCUCUAGCAAUCUUCUCUGGCACUCUCUAGAUGUGCUAGAUUGCAAUUUCCAUCUUCCCCAAGAGUAUGCCCAAUGGCCAUGGUGGCUGGGGAGAAGGGAGUUGUAUUCUUAGACACAUGCAGGACAUUAAGUUGGGGAAGGCUGCUUUAGUCUAAGCCCUCCUGAAACAAAUUUGCAAGCAUUACAGCCCUCCUGUAGGUGUGAAUUAUUUUUCACAAAUAAUUUUGAAACUACAUUUGUAUCAGUAGUCUGUUAAGCAUGCUGCUCUAAAAGGCACACAAUUGACUUAGAGAUCUUAUGUUUUCUGCAUCUUUCUCUUCCUGCUUUUAAGAAUAAGCAUCACAGGAGAGCUGUAGGUGUUCUGAUCCCUGCAUCAGCUACACCCAAAAAACAGUGGUCACUUUUAAUUUUUUUAUCUCCUGAUUCUCUAGGCUGGAAGACUUUGUGCUGAUUUAACUGGCCCAUGCCAGGUAAAUAGAAGGAUUUGUUUAUACUUUUCCAGUGAAGAUUGAUAGUUGUGUGUUGCUGCCCAAAUGCCUUCCUCUCUUCUAAGAAUCAAAUUGGGAUAACUUCAUGGUCAAAUUAAGAAAGUAAAGGAUGGAGAGAAACUCCUACAAAUAAAUCUUGAACAGAUAAUUACUAAUUCUCUUUAUUUUUAAAAUAUAACUUACACCCAUUCAUAUUUCUGCUUAAAGCUCCUCAGUGUGCUGCAGUAUUUUUGUCUGAAGAAGAAAUAGAAUCCUAUUUACACUUGGAAGUGGAUUUUAACUCUAAUUUUGGAUACUUAAGUGACGGGGUUAAUGCUCAUUUAGAAUCUGUACUGUUCUACUGGGCAGACUCUGUAGAGCUGAACUUUCAUGAAGUUAAUAAACCUUUAAGUCUUUCCUUUU